AUGGUUCCAAGUAGUGAUCAAGCAAGUAAACCUGAUACAGAGGAGAAGAAGCAAAAGAACAUUGUCAAGGAGGAGGAGCUUUCUGAAGAAGACCAAAAACUUAAGGAUGACUUAGAGUUGCUUGUUGAAAGACUUAACGAGCCAGACCAAAAGGAAGAACUCUAUUCCGAGUACCUCUCCACGAUGAAAAAAUUGAUUCGUGAGUCUACUACGUCAAUGACUGCUGUUCCUAAGCCAUUGAAGUUUUUGAGACCUCAUUAUACUCUUUUGACUGAGUUGUACGAGAAGUGGGACUCACCGAACAGCAAGAUCUCUAGCACCCUUUUGGUCCAGUUUGCUGACGUCUUGUCUGUUUUGGCCAUGACAUACACUGAUUCUCAGAGAGAUUCCUUGAAAUAUAGGUUGUUGGCAUCCAAUGAUACUAUAGUUGAUUGGGGUCAUGAGUACAUCAGACAUUUGGCUUUGGAGAUCGGCGAGUCAUAUCAGGAGAAGUUGGGUUUUGAUGAUGCCUACAUCAAUCGCCUUGUACAGCUAGCUUUACAAAUUGUACCAUUCUUCCUUGAGCACAACGCUGAGGCUGAUGCCGUGGAUUUGUUGCUCGAGAUUGAAAACAUUGAAAAAUUGCCACAAUACUUGGAUGAAUCAACUUAUGCAAGAGUCUGUCUCUACAUGGUCAGCUGUGUUCCGCUUUUGGCUCCUCCUGACGAUAAUGCGUUUUUGCACACUGCCUUUUCCAUUUACUUAACUCACAACCAAUUAACACAAGCCUUGACCUUGGCUAUCAAAUUGGACGAUGAAAACCUCAUCAAACAAGUAUUUGAGUCUACUGAUGAUGUGUUGGUGCACAAACAAUUGGCUUUUAUCUUAUCACAGCAAUUCAACAGAUUCAGGAAUCCUGGUGAAGAUGAUGAUGUUCAGGAGAUAAUUUCAAACGUAAAGCUUCCUACAUUCUACUCCUACUUGGUGAAGGAGCUAAAUCUUUUGGACCCCAAAGUUCCGGAGGAUGUUUACAAAUCUCAUCUAGAGAACACGCGUUUUGGGUUCGGCCAGAUUGAUUCUGCGAAGCAGAAUUUGGCGGCAUCUUUUGUAAACGCAUUUUUGAAUUUAGGUUACGGUUCCGACAAGCUUUUUAUUCACUCAGGCGAACAAGAUAAUCAAUCAUGGAUCUAUAAGACUAAGGGAGCGGGGAUGAUCUCUUCGACUGCGUCUUUGGGAUGCCUUUAUCAAUGGAAUAUCGAAGAUGGCUUGCAAGCUUUGGAUAGAUACACUUAUAGUGCUGAAGAUGAGGUCAAAGCGGGCGCGUUGUUGGGUACAGGUAUCGUGUCCACCAACAUUCAUGAUGAAGCAGAGGCGGCGUUAGCGUUAUUGCAAGAAUAUGUCACCGAUCCAAAGAAAAUCUUGCAAACGAAUGCUAUCAAUGGUUUGGGUCUCGCCUUUGCAGGAUCAGCCAAUGAAGAAGUUUUAAGCUUAUUGUUACCCCUUGUUUCUGAUACAGAAACUUCAUGCGAGGUGUCAUGUUUAGCAUCAUUAGCGCUUGGUCAUGUCUUUGUGGGAACAUGUCACGGCGAUAUAACCUCAACUAUCUUGCAAACGCUUUUGGAAAGAGAUUUCACUCAAUUGAGCAACAAGUUCAUCAGAUUUAUGGCGUUAGGUCUUGGAUUAUUAUACAUGGGCAAAACCGAAAUGGCGGAAGAUGUUUUAGAUAUAAUCGACGCCAUUGAGCACCCCAUCAACAAGACUCUUAAGGUGUUGGUGAACAUCUGCGCUUAUGCUGGUACAGGAAAUGUUUUACAGAUCCAAUCGCUUUUACAAAUGUGCUUUGCAAAACCAAAGGAUACGUUGGAAGAAGAAAAGAAGCUUGGCGAAAGCGAGGAAGACCAGUUGAAAAGAGAAGGUAAACAAGAGCUUCCAACUGAAGCUAACGGCACUGGGGCCACCUCUGGAGAUCAAAAUGGUAACGACCCGUCUGGUGAUGUCGAGAUGCAAGAUGCUGCCGAAGUUAAGACAGAGAGGCAUGACUCUCUAAAGGAUAAAGCGAAUGUGAGUGCUGAAGACGACGAAGAGGAAGAAGAAGAGGAGUUAUACCAGGGUUUUGCCGUCUUAGGUCUCGCUUGUAUUGCUAUGGGCGAAGAUAUUGGCCAAGAUAUGGUGUUACGUCACUUCUCCCAUUUGAUGCAUUACGGAAACCCAUUGAUCCGUAGAUCGGUGCCUUUAGCCAUGGGUCUCGUUUCAGCAUCGUAUCCUCAAAUGAAGGUUUUUGACAUCCUCUCUCGUUACUCCCAUGAUCCGGAUUUGGAAGUUACUCAAAAUGCUAUUUAUGCGAUGGGUCUCGUUGGCGCUGGUACCAACAAUGCUAGAUUGGCACAGUUGUUGAGACAGUUGGCAUCGUAUUACUCCAAAUCAGCAGACUCACUUUUCAUGGUAAGAAUUGCACAGGGUAUCCUUUCCUUGGGUAAGGGUACCUUAACCUUGUCUCCAUUUAACACAGAAAGAAGCAUCUUGAAUAAAGUGUCCUUGGCAGCCCUCUUGACAGUAUCGGUUGCCUUGCUAGAUCCAAAAUCUUUUGUGUUGAGUGAUUCAGUCACCGAGACUAGUCAUCAAAUGUUAUAUUACUUGACCCCAGCUAUAAAACCAAGAAUGCUCGUGACUGUUGACGAAAACUUGAAUCCAAUCAAGGUGAAUGUGAGAGUCGGUCAAGCGGUUGACGUUGUUGGCCAAGCAGGUAAACCCAAGACCAUCACGGGCUGGGUCACACAAGCUACACCUGUCUUGUUGAGUUAUGGAGAAAGAGCCGAAUUGGAGAAUACCGAGGAGUGGAUUAGUCUAUCUCACACUUUGGAGGGCAUUGUCAUCUUGAAGAAGUCUCCCGACUAUGUCGAGGCCGAAAACUAG